AUGGCGCCUAGUUCGAAGACCGGUCGCAAGAGCCAGGCGGGAGGCAGUAGCGGAGGGGGCGGUGGUGGCCAGGGUGGUAACCCGGCCAGAACGCAGAGGCGGGGCCAUAUUAUAAAGCAGCUUGAUCAUGCCCGCGUUUCUGGGCAGCUUUCUUCCCGACUUUUCCGCAAACUCCCACCUCGUGUGUGCGUGUCGUUGAGGAGCAUAGUGGAUGAGGAUUACCUCAGCGCCGGCCACAUCUUUCUGGGCUUUUCCAAAUGUGGCCGUUAUGUCUUUUCGUAUACUAAUAGCAGUGGCGAUGAUGACUUCUUCUACAUCUAUCACCUGUAUUGGUGGGAAUUCAACAUCCACAGCAAGCUUAAGCUGGUGAGGCAGGUAAGGCUCUUCCAAGAAGAAGAGAUUUAUAGUGACUUGUAUCUAACUGUGUGUGAGUGGCCCAGUGACUCUAACAAAAUCAUAAUCUUUGGCUCUAAUACCCAAUCAACCAGCGGGCUCCUUUUGAACAUGAUGACAACUAAUGAAGAAAACCAGCGGGACAUUUAUGUUAGCAUUGUGGCCACGCCCCCCGGCGACCGCUGCCUUAGCUGCCAAGACGCCAGGCUUGCCCACUUUGGGGACCCGAGUGUUCACUGCCUGAAACACGGGUUCAUGCUGCACACCAAGUACCAGGUGGUUUACCCCUUCCCCACUUUCCAGCCAGCUUUCCAGCUCAAAAAGGACCAGGUGGCAUUGCUCAACACCAGUUAUUCCCUGGUGGCAUGUGCAUUCACUGUCUGUUCAGCAGGUGAUGACAGUUUCCACCAACUCCUUUAUGAUGGAACCACCCAAACUCCGCCCCCACCUGACUGUUCUGGGUCCUUGAGUCUAGGGGAUUCCCUGUUGUCCAGAGAAUCUCGCUCGGGGGCCAGCUCCCUUAGCCUUCGAGUGCCUUCAGCAGCUGUAGCCAAAGCUGAGGAAUUUGAGGCUAUUUCCUGGGGGGCCAAGGAAGAAGAGGGUGGCAUUGUGGAGGAGGCACAACAGCCCCCCUGCUUGGAAUUGCAACCUCCUCCCUACCUGGAGGUGCAAAAGCCUCCCUGCCUGGAGGCCUCUGAGGCCCCACCCCUGGAUGAGGAAUCAGAAUUCCAGGACAGUCCUAUUGAAACGGUGCCCCCAGUAGUGGAGCCAGAUUUUAUCAACUACACUAAACUCCAUUAUGUGCUGGAACCUGGGAACUGGGCUGAACCAGAGGAUGAGGUGGAAGAUGACAAGAUCUCCCUUCCCUUUGUGGUGACUGAUCUCCAGGGGAGGAAUCUGCGUCCUAUGAGAGACCCGCCAGUUUGCCAAGGCCAGUACCUCACAGUGGAGCAGCUCAUAUUGGACUUUGAGUAUGUCAUUAAUGAAGUUAUCCGAAACGAUGCCAGUUGGAGCCAACAGUUCGACUCAUUCAGUGACUAUGACAUUGUCAUUUUGCAGGUCUGUCCUGAAACCAACAAGGUCCUCAUCAACAUUGGCCUGCUGCUCCUGGCCUUCCCUCUCCCCAGCGGGGAGGUCCAGCACCGACCAAAGCCCUAUCAUACCAGCUUGAAAGUGUGCUGGGACCUGAAUACAAGCAUCUUUGUUACAGUUAGUGUGGAUGAUCUCACUGAGGUUCAAGGGCAGACCACUAGCAGCAUCUGGAGCUCCUAUCGCAAGAACUGUGCAGAUUUGAUGAUGAAGUGGCUUGUGCCUGAGAAUGAUAAGCAUUAUGUUAACAGGAUAACCAAUGAGGCGCAGCUCAAAGGUGGUACUGUGAAAGCCCUGGCUGACAAAGAAAGGUACACAUGGAUUGUUCUGUGA